GACUCGAUGCCCGGCGCUUGUUUCAUCGUGUUCAAUCAUGCACCUUCUCCGUUCUCAGUCCAGAUCCUUAGCAUGUCUCGCACAAAGAGCACUCCAUGUAUCAUUGUCAUUAAGCUCGGGACUUCAUCAAUCGUCCAUGAAGAGACCCAUCAGCCAUUGUUAUCAACUCUCUCAUCUGUAGUUGAGACUGUUGUGCAUCUGCGAAAGCAAGGACACAAAGUCGUGCUCGUAAGCUCAGGUGCCAUUGGCGUUGGCCUAAGGCGAAUGAAUAUCGCAAGUAGACCAAAGAAUUUAUCUGGGACGCAGGCUUUAGCAGCGAUUGGACAAGGUAGAUUGAUUGCAUUGUAUGAUGAACUCUUCGGGCACUUGGAGCAACCCAUAGCUCAAGUUUUGUUAACUCGUGGAGACAUCUCGGAUCGAACGCGAUAUCUGAACGCAGUGAACACACUCAAUGAGCUCUUAUCCAUGGGCGUAGUACCCAUUGUGAAUGAAAACGAUACCAUCUCCGUGAGCGAAAUCAAAUUUGGAGAUAAUGAUACGUUAUCUGCGAUAACAUCAUCUAUGAUACAUGCCGAUUACUUGUUCCUCUUAACUGAUGUGGAUGGUCUAUACACGGCGAAUCCGAGGAAAGAUUCAAAAGCGAAACAGAUCGAAAUUGUCACAUCUAUCUCUGCCAUUAGGUCUCAAGUUAGCACUACUACGUUAGGUUCUAGCCUUGGGACUGGUGGAAUGGAAACCAAGAUAAUCGCUGCCGAGAUGGCGACAGGUGCCGGUGUCACCACUGUGAUCACAUCCAGCAAAAGGCCUGAGAAUAUUUUCGCUAUCCUCGAAUACCAUGACUCGCUCAAAAGCACUGCGUUAAGUUCAGAACCAUCGAACGAAAAAACCUUGAUCCCUUUAACUCGACCUCCACAUACCGUAUUUAUGCCUUCUCUCGUUCCAAUGCGGGAUUUGAAGGCAUGGACAAGCCAUACCUUGUUUCCUGCGGGCAGUGUGGUAAUCGAUUCCGGUGCUCAUCGCGUGUUAUCCAAAAGAGAAUCUGGCGGUCGUCUACUUGCAGCUGGUGUGAUUGGCGUUAUGGGUGCAUUUGCCUCUGGCCAGGCUGUUCGGAUAGUCAUCCGAGUUUCGCAUGAAGAGACAGAUAUGCUCAGUGCGCAGUCCAGUCGACCCGCAUCUCCUCGACGUUUGUCCCCGAUCGCUAUGGGAACGUUGUCCCGGUCCAGCUCAUCCGGAAACCUUGAAACAAAUAAAUCUCUCAAUGUUGAGGCGGCUUCACCGCAAUUCAGCGAACACGAUGUGAUCGAGGUCGGGAGGGGGUUAGCUAUGUAUAACUAUGCACAAAUAUCCAGAGUACGAGGUUUGAACAGUUCCCAAUUAGUCCAGGUUCUGGGCUACGCUGACUCGGAGUAUGUCGUAGAAAAUAUUACUAUUCGUGUACCUCCUCGCUCAACUUCGGAGAAGUGACGAUAUUUUUUGGUUCUUUGCUUGUGGUGGACCGAUAUCCAUGAAAACGAAACCAGACAGCUUGCGACCUCCAAUUCCCUGCAUAAUAGGUCGUCAGUACAGCCGCACGCACGU